AAUGAUGACUUAAAAUGAGAAGGAGAGGGGAGAAGAUGGGCCACUGUGAGAGACAGCUUACGAAGAGCAACCCAAACUCAGCUGUGUUUUGUUGCUAUUCAGGAAGAAAUUUUACAACAGAAGGGUUUUGGCAUCGGUAAUGAGAAAUGGGGUAUGAUGUAGCACGCUUUCAAGGGGAUGUUGAUGAAGACCUUAUAUGCCCCAUCUGUAGCGGGGUCCUGGAGGAGCCAGUGCAGGCUCCUCAUUGUGAACACGCCUUCUGCAAUGCCUGCAUUACCCAGUGGUUCUCCCAACAGCAGACAUGUCCCGUGGACCGCAGCGUUGUGACGGUGGCUCACCUGCGCCCUGUUCCCCGGAUCAUGCGUAAUAUGCUAUCUAAGCUGCAGAUUACUUGUGACAACGCUGUUUUUGGGUGCACUGCCAUUGUGCGCCUCGACAACCUGAUGUCUCACCUCAGUGACUGUGAACACAAUCCAAAGCGGCCUGUAACUUGUGAACAGGGAUGUGGCUUGGAAAUGCCCAAAGAUGAGUUACCGAAUCAUAACUGCAUCAAACACUUAAGGUCAGUGGUUCAGCAGCAACAGACCAGAAUAGCUGAGCUGGAAAAGACUUCCGCAGAGCAUAAGCACCAGCUAGCAGAACAGAAACGUGACAUUCAGUUAUUGAAGGCAUAUAUGCGAGCAAUACGUAGUGUCAACCCCAACCUACAGAAUCUGGAGGAGACAAUUGAAUACAAUGAAAUCCUAGAGUGGGUGAGUUCUUUGCAACCUGCCCGGGUAACACGGUGGGGUGGCAUGAUCUCCACGCCAGAUGCAGUACUCCAGGCUGUGAUCAAGCGGUCACUGGUGGAGAGUGGCUGCCCCACAUCGAUCAUCAAUGAGCUGAUUGAAAAUGCCCACGAACGGAACUGGCCCCAGGGACUGGCCACCCUAGAAACUCGCCAGAUGAACCGGCGCUAUUAUGAAAACUAUGUGGCCAAACGCAUCCCAGGCAAGCAGGCUGUGGUGGUGAUGGCCUGUGAGAAUCAGCACAUGGGUGAGGAGAUGGUGCUGGAGCCAGGCCUGGUGAUGAUAUUUGCACAUGGAGUGGAGGAAAUCUAAAGACUUCGGAGGUGAUAAAACCAUGUCCUUGAAAGG